UCCCAACCCAACAAAGAAUCCAAGACGAAAACGCGGCUUUCCGUUUGCCCUCAAUUUCUAUACUUGUACUGUAAGUAAUUAUUUCUUACUCUAAUCUUCAUUGCCAAAGCAUCUGAUUCCCUUUCCCACUACCCACAAAGCAGGAGAGGAAUUUCAUUCCAUUUCAUUCAUGUUUCAUCUCCCACAGUAGUAACUGAAGAUCAAGAUCUCUGUCAUCCUCGAUUCAGAGAUCAGAGAUGUUGCCGUUAUUUAUUGGGUUUUUUCUUGGCGCGAUUUUGGUACUGGGUUUGGAAGCUGCGGCGGUUUUUUAUCUUAUUAAUCUACUUACUCAAAAAGCCAGAGCCAAAUCUUCUAGCCAGUCUGCUCAAGUUCUUGAUUCUCAACAGUCGCUUGAUUUUGCUUACAACAAGCAGGGGUUUGUUUGGGUUUUGGAAUCGGAGAAACUUCCCAAUGAUAAGUUACCAAAAGAACCAAAGAGGAAAAAGGAUAUCUUGGAGGUUUAUCCCGUUCGCAAAUAUGCAAAAAUCAAGGAUCGAACCCUUCAUUUGAAGGAAUCUGAUGGUUCUCAGACAGCUAUUCCGCUCAAAGGUUGUGUAAUAGAAGCUGUUUCAGGCUCAACUCUACCCUCAAGAAAAUGGGCCAAAAGGUUCCCAAUAAAAGUUGAAAGCAAGACCUCAACAUUAUACAAUUUGAGCAAAACAAUUUACAUUUAUCUUGAAACUUCCUGGGAAAAGGAGUCAUGGUGUAAAGCCUUCCGUCUUGCUGCAUGUGAUGACAAGAAAAGGCUGGAGUGGUGCACCAGAUUGAAUGAAGAAUUCCAUUGUUACCUUACAUCCUUAAACACAGGAUAUCCUUCAUUUACGAAACCCUCAAUUGGGUUGACUGCUGAGCCAUCCUCACUGGGUGCCAUUGUUGAGCCAAUUGAUAGGUCUGGUAGGUUUGAUGGUUCUUCAUCGAAGGUCCGAAUCCUUUGGAAAAAACUUGCCAAAAAGGCUUCAAAGCCUUGUAUGGAAAAUAAGCCACUUUCUUCAAACUCAGGCCGUGUAGAGAGAAAGGUUUAUGAUAAAUUUCAUACUUCCCAAGAUUCCGUUUUGGGUGCAAGCUCUGCAAAAUCUGGAACAACAAAGGUGCUGAGCAAUUCUGGAGAAGAAAAUGAUGAGCCACUGUCAUCAAUGUUUCGUCACUUGGCAAGCCAAAGUCAAAUUACCGGUUUCUCUGACACAGAAGCUGAUGACAAAUUUAUUACAGAUGAGGCAACUCUCUGCUGUAAUUUAUUAAUCUUUCGGCUUUUUUUUGAUGCCAAAAGCCAUGUGGGAAUGAAAAAUUCUCUUCAGGCACGAAUUCAGAAAACAUUGUCAAGUAUGAGAACCCCCAGUUACAUUGGUGAAAUUAUCUGUAAGGGAAUUGACAUUGGGAAUAUUCCACCUCAUAUCCAUGGUAUGAGGGUUCUUCCAAUGGACAUGCAUGAAGUAUGGGCAUUUGAAGUUGACUUUGAGUAUUCUGGUGGAGUGGUACUGAAUGUUGAAACAAGACUUGAAGUCCGCGAAUUAGAUGCAAAUUCAGAAUCAAGUUCAGUUGGGGAUGUUUCUGCAGACCUUCUUGAAGGUUUUGAAUAUUAUGGUAAACAGUUGAAUAUUUCUGAGAGGAAUAUUGAUGAACAAGUCCAAAAAGGUGAAGAGGAUCCUAAACUUGAUGGCCUGAAAAACAACAAUAGCCCUGCAUUGGGAGCAACUUCAAUGUCAAGGUGGAAGUGUAUUCUGAAUUCUAUAGCCAAACAGGUUUCUCAGGUGCCACUCUCUUUGUCCAUACAAGUUGCAUCCCUUCGAGGAACAGUGUGUUUACAUAUAAAGCCACCACCUUCUGAUCAAUUAUGGUUUGGCUUUACAUCCAUGCCUGAUAUAGAUUUCAACCUGGAGUCCGGUGUUGGGGAUCACAAGAUUACUAGUGGACGCAUAGCUGAUUUUCUGAUUAACCGCUUUAAGAUGGGGAUCCAGGAAACUAUGGUUCUUCCAAACCGUGAAAGUGUAUGCAUCCCAUGGAUGUUAGCAGAAAAGGAUGACUGGGUCCAAAGGAGUGUUGCUCCAUUUAUGUGGCUUAAUCAAGAAGCCAGUAGCGAUCAUACCAGUGUAUCUGAGUCUUUUGUUUCCCAAAGUGGGGAAGCAAAAACGAAGACGGAAGCUACUAAAGCAACAUCAAUUGAUCACCCAGAGAGCAAGCAUCAAAGCCCAAAGAACAUAGAUUGUGUUCAACAAUCACCCACUGUCCCUAAAGUUGUGUCGAUGCCUUUAACAGCCUCUGCCAUUCCAUCUAUACCGAAUGGUAAGUCUUUACAAGAACUAAAAACUCCUUUGCUGGAGAGUGAUGUGACGCAGGAAACAGGCCAACAGAAAAAAGAGGAAAUCCCAGACUGUCAAUCACCGCCCAGGUCUUUGCUCCUGCUAGAAAAAAAAAGUAGUGCAGUUGAAGAGGAUGAUUCAAGGCCAAAGAAAGGAGGGAGAAAGGCAAGGAUGCUUGAUCUUGGGAAGAAGAUGGGGGAGAAAUUUGAAGAGAAAAGGCGACACAUCGAGGAAAAGAGUAGGCACAUUGUUGAGAAGAUGAGAGGGCCGUGAAAACAGUGGGCAAAACCUAUUUUGUUGGAAACAGAAAUGAAGGCAUCAGAAUUAGUGCGUUGAUGUUCUGUGCUAUUCACUUCAGAUGCUUGGAAUCCCUUUAAUACAGGAUUUAUGAAGUAACUCUUGCUUGCAGACCAAGAAUCCAUGCGUUCAGAUAUCACGGGGGGGUGGGGGUCAGGGAUUACAGUUUACAGUAAAAUGUAUUGAUACCUAGAUACUCUACAAAUCCUUGUUUACAAUGUGAAAGUAAAGACAUUGUUCUUAGAGUACUGGUUAAUGAAUGCCAACUGGCAUUUUUUCACGUAAA